AUGCCCUACAAAAUGGUGUUUCGCGUCGACGGGGGCUGUCGUGGUAACGGACGGCCGGGAGCCAUUGGCGCUGCCGCCGCCGUCCUCGAUACCUCAUCCGGCAGAGGCUAUCGCUACAUGACCAAAGAGCUGCCUGAUUAUCCCACCCCCACCAACCAGAGGGCUGAGCUCACCGCCAUCAUCAUGGCGCUGGAAUGGGCACUGGACAGGUACCAGGAACUGAACACAUCUCCGCACUGCUUCAUUGACAUAUACUCGGAUUCUCGUUACGCCGUCGACUGCAUGAACAUCUGGACCUGCACCUGGUACAAGAACGGCUGGGUCAACUCUCGCGGUUUCGAAGUCGCCAACCGCGAUCUCCUCGAGGAGGCGGUAGAUCUCGAGCUGCGGGUCAGGGACGAACUGGGCGACUUGGAAUUCCACUGGGUGCCUAGAGAGGAUAACGCACUCGCCGACAAACACUGCAAUGAGGCACUGGACGAGAAGGCUCGUUACGAUUCAUCUUCUUCAGAUAGUGACUGGUAG